GGAAGUCCUAUUAAUAGUCUAAGCAGUGCUCAUCAUCCACAAGCAAUUUGUCACGCAGUUCCAGUGCCACGCAAUGUGGUGUUCAAUGGUCAUAUCACUUCUUCCCAUUCUCUUCCAUUUAGAUGAAGUAAAUUGUGACAAACCAAAGCAAUACGAACCAACAUGGCCUUCACUUGAUAGUCGUCCGAUUCCUUCCUGGUAUGACGAAGCAAAAUUCGGAAUUUUCAUGCACUGGGGAGUUUAUUCUGUACCUUCGUAUGGUGCAGGAARUUUGGCUGCAUCAUGGCUUUGGUGGUAUUGGAAUCAGAAUAAUACAGCUAUUAGUGAAUUCAUAAAUGAUAACUACCGUCCUGGGUUUAAAUAUGCGGACUUUGCUCCAAUGUUUCGAGCAGAGUUUUUUAAUCCUGAUGAAUGGGCCGACUUGUUGGAAAAGUCAGGAGCUCAAUACUAUAUAUUAACAAGCAAGCACCAUGAAGGCUUUACCAAUUGGCCUUCAAAGGAAUCCUGGAAUUGGAAUUCUGUUGAUACUGGUCCACACCGAGAUCUUGUAGGUGACCUAGCAAAGGCUGUGCGUAAUAAAACAGAUGUAAAAUUCUGUUUGUACUUCUCACUGUUUGAGUGGUUCCAUCCUUACUAUCUGGAAGAUGCAAGCAAUGGCUUCCACACUCAGAAAUAUGUUGAUGAGAUAAUGCUGCCCCAAAUGUAUGAUAUCAUUAAUAACUACAAACCAGAAUAUCUUUGGACUGAUGGUGAUUGGUUGGCCUCAAGUGAAUAUUUCAAAAGUACAGAAUUUCUUGCUUGGCUUUAUAAUGAAAGUCCUGUCAAAGAUACUGUAGUUGUCAAUGAUCGGUGGGGAAAUGAAACCAGAAACAAGCAUGGAGGAGUGUUUACUAGUGGAGAUAGAUAUAAUCCUGGAACACUUCAAUCUCACAAGUUUGAGGAUGCAACCACAUUAGACAAGCCRUCUUGGGGUUUUAGAAGAAGAAUGAACAUCAAUGAUGUUCUAUCAACCAAAGAGUUUUUAAAAGAAAUGGUUAUAGUAAUCAGCUGUGGUGGAAACUUUCUAUUGAAUGUUGGUCCAACACAUGAUGGUCGCAUUGUUCCUGUUUUCCAAGAACGUUUGCUACAGGUGGGGGAGUGGCUUGGCGUGAAUGGUGAAGCUAUCUACAAAACUAAACCAUGGAGAGUGCAAAAUGACACCACAAAUCCUAAUGUCUGGUACACCAAUAAACCCAAAGAGGAUGCUGUUUAUGCAAUUUCCUUUGAAUGGCCCACUAACUUCCUCCUAAAGCUGGAUGCACCAGUGCCAACUAAUAAAACAACUGUUUCACUCCUGGGCUACCCAGAAAAGAUUCUCUGGAAUAAAACCUACGAACCAAAUGGAAUUGUCAUUAAAAUCCCUCCUAUUCCUGAGUCCUUAAUGCCUUGCCAAUGGGUCUGGGUAUUCAAACUCACAAAUGUAUAUUGAUUAUAUGCUUACUACUGCUUCACUAAUUGUAUUCAUAUUUGCACCUUCACGGAAAAAGUGCAUUUCGAAAAUUGACUUUUUUCAAUCAUUCAAAUGUAUUUAUAGUGUAUGUAUAAUUUAUGCAUUGAAAAUGCUUAAAUCAUAAUAAGUUAAUGAAAACAAUAGAACAGCUUAAUUCUUGGAUAUAAUGCUGUGAUAGUAGCCCUUGGAAACAAGAUGUUCGAGAGUGUCUCAAUAACCUCCCUCGAACUGCGGGUCUUUGAACAUCCAGUUUCGGCGGCAACUAUCACAUCAGCAUACCCUCGAUUUAACUAUUCUAUUGUUUAAAUAGAAGUAAUACAAAGACAAUCGUCGCAGGUAGCUUUUUAUUCAAAUUUGUAUAGGUCACUAAUCAAACAAAGGCAGCCAUGUAUUCUUAAUUUUCACUAUACGUCACACCUGCCAUCUUGAAGGAACUUCAUCAAAAGGAUUUCUCAUGAGUAUCGUUCAUUCCUCAUCAUGGCCACCGGUCUUUAAUCUUUUGAAUCUCAUGAAAACGGUUGUAAACGAUCAAUUACAACUAUGUAGAGUGAACGUACUUAAUCCGUGAAACAAAUAGUACUAAUUACUACUAAAUAGUGUUGAUUAUACAAUAGGAAACAAAGGAAUCUGUAUAA